CCAGAUUUUGUUGGCCACCGGCGGCAAGGCGAUCGAAACCGGGGCAGACGCUGUGUUUUGCGAGACGAGCGCUCCGUUGCACCUCUCUAGGUGUCAUUUCUAUCGAUCCGCUCUUCUCUUAGACUCGGAAAAUUUUUGGGGGGAGGGAACCACAGGCGAUCAGGUCUAUGGCGGACAACCCCGAUGGAUCGGGCGCUCAGGCGUCGCAAGCGACCGAGAAGGAGGGAGACGGCACAAGUCCAACCUCGCCCCCUCCGCCCCCCAAUCCUUCGGCGGACCCGCGACUGGCUUCGCAAGCCCGAACGCCGCCUCCGCUCCACUCCGCUCCCAGUCCGUCCUCCCACGACCUCUUCAAGUUGACGCCGAUCGCUGCCCUCAAAUUACUAGGCGCCGGUAUCGAAGCUCUCGUGCGAGCGACGGGAGACAUCCCCCCGACACCUCCCCCAACGAGCCCCACCAUUCCCAACAUACGCGAUAUACAGAGGGAGAAGGCGGAGAUCGUCCGGUCCCAUUCCGAAAAGAAUCUGGCCCGCCUGCGAGAGCAGGCUCAGGCUCAAGCGCAGGCUCAAGCGCAGGCUCAAGCGCAGGCGCAGGCGCAGGCGCAGGCCGAGACUCGGGCUGCAUCCAACCAGCCCAUCGACGGAGUUCGCCUCCGACAAACCCCACUAUCGCGCGGGACCCCAGAGCCUUACAUAGUCAUCGGCGCCAACUCGCAACCGCUCAACCUGCAGCAUAGUGCCAUCACGCGCAAGUUCUUCAGCAAAGCGCCUCCGCGGAUUAGCAUCGAAGACUACCUCCUCCGCAUACACCGGUUUUGCCCCAUGUCGACCGCGGUAUACCUCGCUACGUCGUACUAUAUAUUCAAGCUCGCCGUCGUAGAACGAGCGAUACCAGUGACGCGGCGGAACUGCCACCGUCUGUUGCUGGCCGGCUUGAGGGUGGCGAUGAAGGCGCUCGAGGAUCUAAGUUAUCCCCACGCCAAGAUUGCGCGGGUCGGCGGCGUGAGCGAGGUCGAACUGGCGAGACUGGAGAUCAGCUUCUGCUUCCUAACCGGAUUCGAAUUGGUCAUUGGGGAGGACGCUCUGCGCAGCCAUUGGGAGGACUUGAGGCAAGGCAAUAGCCUCGCCGGCUUUAGCGGCAUAUCAGGGGACGAGGAGAUACCGACGUUGGAUCUAGGUGCUUCGGCGAGGGAACCAACACAGGUCGGAUCGGCAUGACGGCUUUCUACGGCGGUCUAACGAGAGAAAUAUUGAUGCAAGAGGCGAGGUUGCGAGGUUGUUGGGUAUAAAUCGAACUGCCGGGGAGGCUUGGAAGAGUACA